AGGGCUCGGGACCCAAGCUGGAUAGAUUCCUCUCCUGAAAUUACGUUUGGAUGGAAGUAUGCUCUUUUCCCGUUAGAAGAUGAUACUCUUGGAGAAUGACCAUGGAGAAGGGGAUGAGUCCAGAAGGACUGCCUUCCAGCUCAUCUCAGACUUCAGCUAUUAAAGUAACAGCCCAGGAGCUGGAAACAAAGCAAUCCUGUAAAGAGAAACGAGGGGGCUUUGUGCUGGUUCAUGCAGGUGCAGGUUAUCAUUCUGAAUCCAAAGCCAAGGAAUAUAAACAUGUAUGCAAACGAGCUUGUCAAAAGGCAAUUGAACAGCUACAGGCUGGUGCUCUCGCAACAGAUGCAGUGACUGCAGCUAUUGUGGAACUUGAGGAUUCUCCUUUUACGAAUGCAGGAAUAGGAUCUAAUCUCAAUCUUUUGGGUGAAAUUGAAUGUGAUGCCAGCAUAAUGGAUGGAAAAUCCUUAAAUUUUGGAGCAGUUGGAGCACUGAGUGGAAUCAAGAACCCAGUUUCAGUUGCAAACAGACUUUUGUGUGAAGGACAGAAGGGCAAACUGUCUGCUGGCAGAAUUCCUCCCUGCUUUUUAGUUGGAGAAGGAGCCUACAGAUGGGCACUAGAUCAUGGGAUAUCCUCUUGCCCUCCUAACAUCAUGAAUACAAGAUUCAGUUUAGCUGCAUUUAAAAGAAACAAGAGGAAAUUAGAGAUGGCAGAAAGGGUGGAAACAGAUUUCAUUCAACUAAAGAAAAGAAGACAAUCAAAUGAAAAGGAAAAUGACUCGGGCACUUUGGACACAGUGGGUGCUGUAGUUGUGGAUCAAGAAGGGAAUGUUGCUGCUGCUGUCUCCAGUGGAGGCUUGGCCUUGAAACAUCCAGGGAGAGUGGGACAGGCUGCUCUUUAUGGAUGUGGUUGCUGGGCUGAAAACACUGGAGCUCAUAAUCCCUACUCUACAGCUGUGAGUACCUCAGGGUGUGGAGAGCAUCUUGUUCGCACUAUACUGGCUAGAGAAUGUUCCCAUGCUUUGCAAGCUGAGGACGCUCAUCAAGCACUGUUGGAGACUAUGCAAAACAAAUUUAUUGGUUCACCUUUCCUUGCCAGUGAAGAUGGCGUGCUUGGGGGAGUGAUUGUUCUCCGGUCUUGCAAAUGCUCGACAGAACCUGACUCUACACAAAAUAAGCAGAGACUUCUAGUGGAAUUUCUGUGGAGCCACACGACAGAGAGCAUGUGUGUUGGAUAUAUGUCAGCACAGGAUGGGAAAGCCAAGACCCAUAUUUCAAGACUCCCUCCUGGUGCGGUAGCAGGGCAGUCUGUUGCAAUUGAAGGUGGGGUCUGCCGCCUCGAGACCCAGUGAAUGGACCCUUUGGACCAAGCAGGAACAUCUGAGAGGCAUCUUGGAACCCAGGCUUCCUGAGCUUUCCGACUCUAGUUGGAUGCUUCCACUUUCUCCUUUUACACUUCCUUUUACAAUUGUUGUGCACCACCAAGGCACAAGUGCUGCUGUAGCUAGCUUGUAGUGACAUGUGUGGGCCUUUGGCGGCUGGACGCGAUUGCGUGUGUGAGUGUGUGUUUGCACAGAGCAUGUACACUUGCUUCUACCUUGAUGAAACAGUCACUCCUGAUUGUGUAAAUUAAAACAAAAGCGAUAUUAUAUUGUCUAUGAAAUAUGUGCUUUAACUGUUUACAAUUAAACCCUGAAGUUGCAGGAAACAGUUUUGAUUUCAUAAAGAGGUACCAACAGUCGUCAAUGUGUCUCAAAGGAAGAAUCACUCUGCUUGUUUAAAUGAGUGGACAGUGGGAAGUGCUCCAUUUAAUAUAGUAAUAUGUAAUACUUUUUUUAAAAUUUACUACCCAGUUUAAGUGUAUCCUGUGGUGGCUUAAACUGUUCUCAUCCCUCUUGUGGGGCAUUUUUUCUGUAACAAAGAAUGGUUUCAGUGAAACAAUCGAGCAGAGAAUUAGGUCCGAACCCUUUAAAAAGAAUCGUCUUGUUGAUGAAGUUUGUACUGCCUCGCCUUGCACUGUCCGUACUUUAUUAUGCAGCGUGUAUGAAGAGGGCAGGCAGCAAUGCUGUCUUGAAGUUGUGUGCAACUUGUUUACCAUGUACCACUGUAAAUAGUAAAGCAAAGUUUAUGGAAAAAUUCAAUAUUAUCUUUGUUUCUUGUUCAAAUAUAUUUUUAACAUGAAAGCACAAAAAUA